AAAAAACACAACAGUGGAAUAGUUCGGAGGGCCCCUUCUGAUGCAGCGAGCGCUGAGCUCCAAGCCGAUACCAUGAAGCGGUAGCAACGGCUGGGGGAUCCCCCUUCUACCAUCGCUGGACCAGGACACCAAUGUUCGACUUUCUAGCAAGGGGCUAGAGAAGAGCGAAGCCACAUAGGAGAGUUAGAAGCUCUGAGGGCUUCAUUGCUGCUCUCCUGAAGGCUAAGCCACCUGCACCUUUAAUAUUUAUUCCCCCUGCCCUCCUCUGACCUAAAAUGCUGACGAUAAAGUUGCCUCAGAUAUUCAGGGUUCACCAAGUACCUCGUAUCUUCUGGGAGGAUGGCAUCAUAUCCGGCUACCGCCAUCCAAAGAGCUCUGCCUUGGACUGCAUCCUGAGCUCCUUCCAAAUGACCAACGAGACUGUCAAUAUCUGGACCCACUUCCUCCCGACCUGGUAUUUCGUGUGGCGGUUCUUGGUGCUCUCCUCCUCCCUGGAUUUCUGCAGAGACGCCUACAACUGGCCUUUCCUCGUCUACAUGCUGCUGGUCUGCCUGUACCCCUUCACCUCCAGCUGUGCCCACACCUUCAGCACCAUGUCCACCCACGCCCGCCACAUCUGCUACUUCUUUGACUACGGAGCCCUCAGCCUCUACAGCCUGGGCUGUGCUUUCACAUAUGGAGCCUAUGCGAUGCCAGACCGUUGGGUUAACAGCACUUUGCACCAUUACUUUGUACCAAUGGCUGCUUUUAACUCAUUUAUCUGCACCAGUCUGUCUUGUUACUCCCGUUUCCCGGAAUUGGAGUGUCCCCGGCUGAGCAAGGUUUUACGGACAACGGCCUUCGUGUAUCCCUUUGUCUAUGACAAUAUCCCGCUGUUUUAUAGGCUUCUGUUCUGCUUCGGGGACGGCUGCACCUGGAACGAUGCCACCGCGGGUUACUUCUACCACCUCUUCUUUGCCCUGCUCACCGGCUUCCUCUUCGCCUCCCACCUGCCGGAACGCCUGGCGCCCGGGCGCUUCGACUAUAUUGGGCACAGCCACCAGCUGUUCCACAUCUGUGCAGUGGUGGGCACCCACUUCCAGCUGGAGGCCGUCCUGUCGGACGUGCGCUCGCGGCAGGCCUGGCUGAGCACCCGGGCCCCGGCGCCCGCCUUCUCCGCCACCUUCGGCACCGUCAGCCUGGCCCUGCUGGGGAACCUGCUCAUCAUCGGGGGCUUCACCGUGGCUCUGCUGCGCUGGCCGGGCGGCUCCUCCAUCCUGCAGAGCACCGUGCCCGAGGCGGGCCGCCCCAAGGAGCAGUGAUGCCCGCCCGCCCCCAGAGACAGCGGCUCUGAGUAUAAAAUCUCUCUCUCGACUCCCGCUCAGUGACCCGUCCAAGGAGAAGUCCAUUGUCCCCUCACAGGUGAUGCCGGUAGAGGGUUCGCGCUGCGGCACGUUUCUCAUUUCCGCUCUCCUGUCGCAUUGACUCUUCGCUGAGCUUUACGCCUUGGCCAAAAUCUGCCUCCAGAUCCCUCCCUGAGGGUGUCUGUCUAUGCGGCAAGCUGGACUCUGUGAUUGUGCAGCCCGGGUGGACAGAGGUUAGCUGGAGCCGAGCUAGCGCGAGUCUGUCUACCCUGCACUGCGACUCACACCUCCGCCUACAACGCCGACAUCCCCGCCUGGCCCUGGAGGGGCUAACAGUGCUCAGAAUCCGGCCCCGGGGAAAUCAGUGCACUCUGAGAGGUCAGCUUUGUAGCGAGAGUGCUGCAUGACGCCAACCCUGCCAAGCUGGAGAUCCCCACAUGCCUAGGGCCCAGCAGCGGGGGUACUUGUCCCGGAGAGUCCUCAACCGCCAUCAGUCCGGAGGGACGUAGCUGAGAUGGGUUACGGUGUGUUUUUAUAGGGCCUUCGCAACAAGGCCAAAUCAUCCGGAGAGGUAAAGGGGGGAGACGUUGAGGUUUUGAGUUGGUAAAAAGCGACUGACCCAGCCUGGGCUCAGGGUGACGGUAAUUCCUGGGCUGUGCCGAGCUGACAGGGUGCUAGGAAUCGGCCCUAGGCUGGUAGAAAGGUGGCGUAGCCAGGCCAGCGAGAGGAGUAGUUUGAAGUGGUUCCCAGUAGGUGCUGAGGAGGUGCUAGUCGAGGCAGCGAAUGCAAUAGCCAAACUUGAGGCCUGAUUAUUUUCCACACCUCUCCCGGCCCUCGCGUGGGCGUGAGACGCUCCCGCAGCAGAACGGUGGCGGUUUUUCACUAGCGCAAGGGACGGGAGAGGGAGGGGGAGGGGCGCAACGUAGACUCAAAGCUUAAGAUGCUUUAACACCCUUGCAUGGUGCUUAUGGCCUUCUGUUUGCAGGCGCUAAUAUCAGAGGCUCAUUAAAAAGGCAGGUGGGAAGACCUCGUUAAGCGAAGAGAACAAACCCCCGAGGGCUUGGCUUCUUUGGGGACUCUCCCGGACUCUGUUCCCCCCUUUGAGGAGGCACCCGUUGGUGUUCCCCGCACCCCCAUUCUCAGCACUAGAUUAGGGUCCUGUGCCGAAAUCACUGGAGGUUCAGCUGCUCGAAUGGGUCUGAAUUUGAUUCGUUGCCUCCCUCCGUGCUGCCUCUAAAGGGCCCAGCAACUGAUCUUGGCUCUCCAGCAAGCGGGGGUGGGAUCCUGGCCACCUGGGAAACCAGUGGGGAAACUCCCAUUGACUUCAGCCGAGCCAGCGCUGCACAGACCAUGUGUCAGUCUCUCUGCUGUAGGGAUCCUGCACCCUGGAAUCAAUGAGCGCCUUGCCUGUGCGGGAGGUGUGCGCACACACCGGCCUGUCUAGCCUGGAACUCCCAGCGGCAGGGCGGCGCCAGGCCCCCAGCAGGUCGGAGCAGGGUAUUUGCGGAUGGCAGCUAUUGGACCUCAUCUUUCUCCACCCACCGACCGAAGGCUCAAUUUCCCAACAAACGAAAGCUUCUCCACGGGGCUUCUCGCGGGCAUUGGGUUCUUUGGGAUCCAGGCUGCUCCCAGCAGCCGGGCCGGAUCAGCCGAAGUGGCUUAGCCAUGACGCCCGGUCCAGAAGACGGAUGCAGACACCCUGGGUCUCAGCAGAGUGUCUGUACUGCCGUGUUCCUUCCCCUCCUUGGCUUGGCUGGUGGUUGCCUUUUUUCACACUAGUAAUUUUUGCGAGGCUCCCCUGCUGUUACUGACCCGUGGCCACAGCCUAGUCUUGUAGCCCAGUCCUCGUACCUGUAUCAGAUUCGCCCCUUGCUGCAUCUAGGCCUGUAUUCUCCUGGGAGCGAGGGGUGACUGUCUGUUUCAAUGACAGGCAGCGUGUCGUCCCCCCACCCCUGCAAUCCAGGCUAUGUUUGGCGAGGCCUUGGCGCCUUCUGUCCUAGAUCGGGCUCCGUUUACCCAGAGGCUGGACUCAGUCCUCAGCUGGCGUUAACUAGCAUUGCUCCAUUGACAGCAGCGGAGUUCUGCUGCCGAACACCAGCUGAGAAUGGGGCAUUAUCUUCUGCUGUAACAAUUCACCUUUGCCUCUUAAAGAUCCCGGGUCCCCGUCUGGUUAUCCUGUGUUCCUCGGGAGCACCUGGAAUACAGGCACAUGUCUGCACAAAGCCAGUGUAGCAGGGGGUAGAUUUACAGCAUUGUGUGCUGCAAGGGGCUGCCUGCAGUUCUGCUACGCUCCUGCUAUUCACCCAUGUGUAGACUGGCUCCCAAGACACGCACGUGCUUGUCAGAUUAGCUUUUUCCCCCCUUCUCUCUCUGUAGCUAGAAUCCUGCCAGCGGCAGCAACAGACACAACGAUCUGCACCGUGAGCUCUGCCACGCCUCAGUUAUUUCUCACAGAAGAGGCCUGCAGGUCGGCACCAGAGCAGCCUUCACGGUGUAGAAUCGGUCGGACCAGCUGGCUGUCCCCUCACCGCCUGAAUUCAGGGAAGUGGUUAUCUGGGGGUUAGAUCUGGAAUACUGUCGGCGUGGGUGGGUCUGUCCGUCCGUCUGGCAGGAGGUUGUCGUUCCAGCUCCAGGUGAGACUGAGAUCUGGGGGUCAGAGCAGGCGAUCUGGGGAGGGGUCAGGCCGUGCGUUGAUAUGUGAAGCUCACAGUCCCAGGUGUAGUUAUGCCUCUGUGUAGACGCCCCAAUCCUGUGAAUCUCUGAAGCCCCCGUCGCUAAGGAUUAUUCAUCCCGAUCGGGGCUGGAGGGACGUUUUUCUGUGGAGUAGAACGAACGGCUCCUCUCUCAGGCCGCUCUGUGCUCGCCAGGAUCUCGCCGGAGGUUCUGCUUUUAAACUCAAGACUGGAGAAUCGCUUGGCAGUGUGGCCAAGGGGAUAAAGCUGUGGAUGAGGAAUCAGGGCUGGGUAUUAGACAUCCCAGAGCUGUCGUCUUCUCCGUCCUCCUGCAUUUUGUGGGGUUGAGUCUGUGUUUCCUAAAGCAACUUCUUUGCUAUUUUCUAGCGUGCUGAAAGUGAGAACUCACUAGAUCCCAGUGAGUUCUGUAUUUUUCUCCCUAUUUAUUGUAGGUAGCGAUGGUGGGGGUGUUAGUCCUGGCCUAUUGAUUUGGGGAAGGAAGCCCCGAAUCGAAACCCGUCUUUGGAAGGGAAAGAUUUGAGCCAGCGUCUAGGAAAUACCUACUCCCAUUGACUUAACUUAUAUUUAUACUCCGUGUGCUUCCUGGGCAUAACGUAUGCAACUAACCCUGAACGAAAAGCCUGGACCAGAGGACAGAAGCUGGCCGAUGUGAUCAGACCCAGAUGUGUAAAUAUCAGGACCAGCUUUGACAGUGACUGCUGGGUGUAGUGUCUGGGAAUGGGGUGGCGUCCCUUUAAAUAGGUUGCAAGCCCUCUCAUGGGCCUUCCUGGGACGCCAGCUUGUUUCUUUGUUUGCUACAUGAGGUUAUGUGUAAACCCCGGGAACGUACCACCACCGCAAUCACUGUAUCUAUGCCAGGCCUACCUACGCUGCUGCUGUUGGCUUCUGAAUUAGAAGGCCCACAUGCUAUUUAAAGGGAUCCAGCCCAAUUCCUCUGUGCUGUGGGACAGUCUCCCGAGGAAAUCGGGUGGGGAAUGUGGCGUAGGGAGCUGCCCUCCCCUGGUUCCAGGCCUGAAGGGAUUGAUCAGCAGCGUCUCCAUUUCUAUCAUUCACCGAGGUUUGAGUGCACUUACUGGGCGAUAAGGUUGCAUGAAUUUCCACCCCACUCGAGGGGACAGUUGGAAGUUGGCUGCUGCCGUCCUUUGUCAAUUAGUGGGUUGAGAGCUGCUGCUGAGAUGGAUUAUUAAUAUUGCCGCCGUUGGGCAGACAGCAAACCUGCCUGUCUCUGUGUCCGUCCAUCCGUCCGGGACAGCCCCUUGGAUCGACUGUGCUGUGUCCGCUCUAGGGGGUGCUUGGUUUUUAAUGGCCUGCGUGUGUGUGGCAUAAACAGCUUUAAAUCGAAACUGGAAUAAACUUUGGAACAAAAACUGGUUUGUUCGUGGUGUCGUUUUCCCUCGCUGAGGGGUCAGCGCUCGGGAGAGGAGCCUGGCUGCUUGCCUCAAAGAGGAAGGGCCAGUCAAUUCCCUCGAAUACCACAAACCUUUGCUUCUGUGCUGUGAUUUGUUAACACUCCUUUCCCCAGCCAGCAGUGCCUUGAAAGCAGCGGUGACUUCUAGUACAUUCCUUUCAUUCCUCUCACCUAAGCUCUGGGUUUGAUUCCCGGCUCUGCCAGGGAGCGCGAUUCACUGAUCGGAGCAGGAAGGGCUGCGAAUCAGGACGCCCGAGUUCUGUGACCCCCUCUGCUGCAGGUGGCUUUCCCAGGUUUUGAAAGCUUUGCCCUACCGGACUUUCUGGCAAAGCCAGGAGGUUGAAUCCAUCAGGGUCUAGGGUGACCAGAUGUCCUGAUUUUAUAGGGACAGUCCCGAUUUUUGGCUCUUUUUCUUACAUAGGCUCCUAUUACCCCCGACCCCCGUCCCGAUUUUUCACACUUGCUGUCUGGUCACCGUAUCAAGAUCAGUGACGUACACGGAGCUCCACCCUCGGCAGAAGCUGGGGGGCUGGAACCUAGAACCCUGCAGGGAGCUGUGGG